AUAAUGAACAGGCCACCAGGUCGCGGGACUGGAGAUGUAACCGGCACAUGUUGUGCAGGGAAGACCUCGUUCAUGGUGCCCUAAGAGAAGGAUGAUCAAUCGCACGAUGUUCACCGCCAAGAAAUCAAACCAAUCCUGAGAAACAUUUCGAGACUCACCUCUCAUCAAAGAAAUCUCUAAUGAAUCUCUUCUUGUCGUGUAGCUGACUGCAUUUUCUGCUUCACCGCAUCCUUCUACUCUCUUUUGCUUUCAUUCACAAUAGAAUCAUUGCAGGCUGACGACAUAGUGCAUUGGCACCUGCAUGGUUAAUCAACCUUACUUUUGUAGUUAUUUAGUGGCUUUGAUUGGCUUCACCUCCAUAGACCGGGGGUUCAUAUAAAAAGUGCUUUCGUCCCUACCUUUUUUUAUGACAAUUGGGAUCUUUUCUUGAACCAAUUUGAAUUCACUUCUGGUUAUUUAUCUCUCUUGGACACUUUGACCUCUUUUCCCCUUCCUGUCUUUCUUCGCUCUAAACCUCAAACAGAAAGGACGUGAAGAGUGCGAUUUGAAAGUUAUCAAACAUAACAAUGACGACUAGUACCAGUAUCUCUCCUAAUCUUCAAGAGAUCCAUGAUUGCUUUAUCGAAUUGGCGAAGCAAGCCGGGGAGAUGAUCACAGGCGCAAAGCCCUUGGUCAACACAGUCGGGUCAAAGAAGAACAGCUCCGACCUCGUCACAGAAACGGACCGUGCUGUUGAGCAGAUGGUCUCCAAGGCGUUAAGAAGUAAAUAUCCUGACUAUGAAUUUAUGGGUGAAGAGACCUAUCAGCCCGGCAUGCGCUUGACCAACGCGCCCACAUUCAUCGUCGAUCCCAUCGAUGGCACAGUCAAUUUUGUCCACAAUUUUCCCAACGCAUGUAUUUCACUUGGGUUCGCGAUUGAAAAGAAGCCAGUUGUCGGCGUUGUUUUCAAUCCCUUUACGAAAACGUUGUAUAGCGCCAUCCGCGGAAAAGGAGCCUUUUUGAACCGCACAACCAAGUUGCCGCUGAAAGGAGACAAUAUAGAGCCAUUGAAGGGCCUGUCUAGCGCUCUGGUGGGCGUGGAAUGGGGAUCUGACCGUCACGGCACCAACUGGGAGACGAAGAUUCGUACCUUUGAGACCCUCGGAAAGGCGCGGGAAGAAGGCGGGGCGAUGGUCCAUUCGAUGCGAAGCAUGGGAUCGGCCGCGUUGAAUCUGUGCGCUGUUGCUUCGGGCUACAUGGAUCUUUACUGGGAAGGAGGAUGCUGGGCAUGGGACGUAUGUGCUGGAUGGGUCAUUCUCACAGAAGCUGGCGGCAUCAUGGUUGAUGGCAAUCCCGGCGGGUGGAAUGCAGCGGUUGAUGGAAGACGCUACUUGGCCAUCCGCGCAUCUAAGAAUGGGGAAGGACAGAAGGAGAUCGUGGAGGAGUUCUGGGGUCAAAUCAAGGGGAAGUUCGAUUAUGGCCAGUAAAUCGGCUGUGGUUAUUGACUGAAAUCGCAUGAGACGGCCUCCCUGGGCAGUUCAAUCGACUUAUAUAUUUCUUGAAAUGAUGGCGGUAGUGACUCGACCCUCAAUUUACGCAUGUAAUAAAAUCCAUAGAGUAUGAUGUCAAAUAAAAGCAAUAAUAGACUUGUUAACCAAUUGCCUGGA